AGUCUUUCACGCACUUUGUUCGUGGUUGGUCGCGCAACGUAUUACUGGGUCUCAGUGAUAAUUUGGCGUUGUAGGUGCACAAUUUAAACCUUAUAUGCUCCCUACACAUAUAAUAUUACACAGAGAGACUCCACAAUUGUAUAGAAUUAAAAUCUUAACUCGUUCAAAUCGGUCCGAUUAUAUGAUUAUGGGUGAAGAUAUGUAAUUUGGACAGUUUUUGCGACAAUUAGUGACAAUUGUAGUGCGUUCACAUAACUCCUCUCUCAGUUUUCGUGUGUUUCUUUUCUUCAAUUUUUUCACCCUCUCUCUUUCGUCACCAUUUGAUCCCUUUUGCUGAUUUUUUCGGUACUCAACCUAUUUUCCGAAAAUACAACCUAGUUUCCCUGAGGAUUUUUUUUGGAUUUACUCCGCACACACUUGUGCCUGUAUUGGUGCUGCAUUUCCGGAAAUUUAGUACGUGAAUUUUUUUUUCGGAAAAUAACCCCUCGUCCGAAAUUCCGUCGGUCAAUGCGGUAUGUGCGUAUAUGAAUUAAUUUUUUUUUCGAAAGUGUGCUGCUGCCAUUAGCAUUAUUUUGUUGGAUAAAGUGACAGGAGAUCAAGAGCAGUGAGGGAGACUUUUUUUUGGUUCCGGAGUACCUGUGAUUCAUCAUGACUGAGUUGUCUCAGUAAUUUAUGACCUGCAAUUAAUUAAAUUUUAAUGACUUACCGAGUGACACUGAAUCAAUUUACCGUGUUGAUCAUUUAUGUGCAGCCAAGUGCUUGAGAAUUUGCAACCAAGUUUUCAAUCAAGAAGCCGUCGGUGAGAUAGGCUUCAAACGCAGCCUGGUGCAACGAAUUAAAAAGAGUUUUUAUUCACAAGAAAAGUCUAAACACAUUGAAGUGUUAACAAAAGUUCAGUGUGUCGUGAUUAAGCUUAAAAUAUAAUUAUUUUGAAAAAAAAAAUGACACGUGAUUGAGGAAUUAUUGAAGCAAACACAAGUGGAUCUUAGGAAUAGUCAAGAAGACAGAGAGAUAGUUCAAAACUUGAUAAUUGAAUUCUAACGUUCGGGAGAACCCGAAAGUGCAUUGAGGCGAGCCUGUGUAAGGCCCAACUGUGAUUUGUGACUCGUGCUCAAGUGUCUCACCACCCGGUGAGCCCACAGGAAGGCAUCGCAACGUCCUGGCCCGGGGCUGUUGUGGCUCUCGUGGUUCGGCUGUUUUGUGUAACGACGGCGCCCGCAAAUUUGUGAAAAGUGGCCUCUAUAGGCGCAAACACGCUCAAUUUCACAGACCUGGGGAGCCCUUACGAGGGCCCCCCGAGCACACCACAGUCGGGUAUGGAUGCACCGGACGCCCCCCACACCCCCAAAUACAUUGACGGGGGUGCGGCGACGGCGCCAGGGAAGUCCGCCUUCGUCGAACUACAACAACACGGGUACGGUGCCAUUCGGGGUGGUUACCAACACUUUGGAGCUCAGGGUGGUCAAGACUCCGGCUUCCCAAGUCCACGUAGUGCUUUAGGAUAUCCAUUUCCGCCAAUGCAUCAAAAUUCCUACUCUGGCUACCAUCUCGGCAGUUAUGCACCGCCCUGUGCCAGUCCACCCAAAGACGAUAAAUGUGAAGAUUCUGGAUUACGGGUAAAUGGAAAAGGGAAGAAGAUGCGGAAGCCACGGACAAUAUACAGUUCACUGCAGUUGCAACAAUUAAAUCGACGAUUUCAGCGAACACAGUAUUUAGCGCUACCCGAAAGGGCAGAACUAGCAGCGAGUUUGGGAUUAACGCAGACACAGGUGAAAAUUUGGUUUCAAAACAGACGCUCCAAGUACAAGAAGAUGAUGAAGGCAGCCCAAGCACCCGGUGUCGGAAGCGGCCUACCACUGGGAGCACCCAAUCCAGGUUCACAUAGUCCUCAGCAUCAGGCAGGUGGAGGAAACGGUUCAAGUAGCGGCUCACCUCCACAUUUCCUACCUCCUGGACACAGUCCAACACCAUCGAGUACACCGGUAUCUGAGCUUUCACCAGGUUUGAGUCCGCCAGCUCAGGUGCCGUGGAAACAGGAACCACCUCAUUGGGGCGACCAUAAGCAGCCCCAAAUGACAACACAACCACCUCAUGCACCCCCUCAAGCGAUACACGCACCUCAGAUGAGUGGUUACGCCCCGCAGUAUUGGUAUCAGCCAGAAACAAAUCCGUCAUUACUAACAGUAUGGCCUGCCGUUUAACACACAACAGUGACAUAAUUCAAGCACUUUUAGAUAUUAAAAACAAACAAAUAUUAAUUUUAAAUAGUGAAAAAAGUGAACUUGAGGAUUAGGGGUGAGAAUCCUCUAAGAAAAACAUUCCUUUAAGUAAAUAAAUCUUUUGUUGAUGGAUAUAUUGUAAAUUUUUGACCUCUGGCAAAAAUACUUUGCUAAAUAAAUGAAUUUACUGAACAUUUUAAUGAUGGUUUUAAUAAAAUCAUUGACACAGGAUUAUAACAACUUGAUGAAAGAAGGAUUUUAAAUAAAUUACAUAAUAGUAUGUGGACUUCGGAGAGAGAGAGAGAGAGCUAAACUUAAAUCUCUUCUAAAGUGAAUGAAAAAAUAGGAAAGAAAUUUGUAUAAUAUUUAAAAAUGCUAGCAAGUGAAUGAUUUAAUUUUUAGUUAGAUCUCAUUUCCAUGUAGAUUUUUUUUCACAAAAAAGAAAAUAUCGAGAGUGUAAUGAAAAUUUUGAAUUCCGGAUUUUAGAGGUAAAAAGAAAUAAUUUUUAGACUAUUAACUGAAACUGCUCUGUGCAAUAUAAAGUGAAGAAAAAAAAUUAGUAAAUAGAAUAUUUAAAAAGAGGUAAUAACAUUAAUUUGGCUAUUUUUUCUAAUUAUUUUGAUACAGAUACCUACAAAAAAUUCUAAAUUCGGCACAGUUGAAGAAUUUUUGAAAAAAGGUCAAAAGUGAAAAAUCUCUGGCUGUGAUUGAUAAAUUCCUGUAAAGAUCCUUAGGAAAGAAAAAAAGCAGACAAACCUAUGAGCCAGAAAUUUUCAUUUUAAUCAUAAAAUAAAAAAAAGAAACAAAUUAAUUCUAAUUUGUCCGAGUAUUUGUAUUCCUUACUGUAAUAUAUUAGAAUUUAAAUAAAAAAGACAAAAAGAAUGAAAUUAAAUUUAAUACAAACCGGAAGGUAGAGUAUGUAAAGUUUUAAAUAAUUUCUAAACUAGGCAUAGAAUAUAGAAAUUUGGUUUUAAAAAUGAAAUGAGUGCUAAGCUAUUCUUACUACUGAUGGACGGCAAAAUGGAACUGAAAUUCUCUUUUAGAGUUUCUUUCAGAAUUUUCUUCAUAUAUUCACACUAAAAAAAAACAAACAGAAAAUUCUAAAUUCAUUUUUUUUAAAUUCUCUUAUUUAUUUCUCUAAAAAUUUUUUUUUCCAAAUUGAUUCGAUUUCUUCACAAGAAAUCGCUUAAGUUUUUUUUUUUAAUAAGUAUUACAAAAAAGUAAAUUGCAAUGUGAUUCAGUUUAAUAAAAAAACGUAAAGGAAAAUAAUGCGAUGGAAGGAGAAAAUAAAAAAAAAUGGAGAAAUAUUUAAGAAAAAAAACAUUUUCUGUAUAGAUUUUAAGGCAUAUUGUUUGUUUCAGAUAGAAGAAAAAUGAAUGUAAAAAAUGAUGAAAAAGGUAUUAAAUAUUAUUACUACAAAA